CUGGCUGCAGCAACACCAAAAAAAAAUCCCACAAUUCCUUUCUUAUUUGCUGAAAUGAGAUAUAGGGGUGUUGCUAUAUUAGGCAAGGUACUCUUCAAAUUUAUUCGCCGAAGAAACCCUUCAUGGUCUCUUUGAGUGUGUGCCUGCCUAAUCAGCCCUUUUGUAUUUCACAAACAAUCAUGAAAUUUUUAUCAGCACGCUGCUUCUUGCAGCUGCGCUGGAAUGAGGGGAUUAGAGCGCGUUGAAACUAGGCUGCCGGGCGCGGGACGAUAGCGCGCAGGUUAAUUUCAUUAAAACGCCAGCCUGGGACCAGGAGAUGCCGCCGGGGGAGCUUAUCGCUCAGCUGGUUAACGGGAGGGAAGGCACGCUAAAGUACAAGGGUUUUGCGAUGGCUUCUUCUGCCGGGGGAAGACAGGUGAAUCUCGGCCGGGUGGUGAUGAUGCUGAUGAUGCUGGAGAGGAUGUGAGGAGAACAUUCUCUCUCCUUCUCCCUGGUGUUGAAGAGGAGGGGGAAAGCGCUGCCUCCAGCCAGCGGAUUCCAUCGACACAGAUCACUCCACACGCUCGCGCGUCUGUGCAAACCAUGGAUGCUCUUUCCAACGACACGGACGGACUGGAGAACUCCUUGAAGUACUCCAAGUGUGACCAGACGGAGAAGAUGUGGAUUAGGCUGAAAGGAAUGCAGAAGUACAAAAGCACAUCUCAAAGAUUGAGAUGUCUGGUGAAGCAGCUGGAUAAGGGGGAGGUGAAUGUCGUAGAUCUGAGAAAAAACAUUGAAUAUGCCGCAUCGGUUCUGGAAGCAGUGUACAUUGACGAAACUAGGCGGCUUCUGGACACAGAGGAUGAGCUCAGUGAUAUCCAGGCAGACUCUGUGCCCAUGGAGGUGCGAGAUUGGCUGGCCUCCACCUUCACCAGGAAGAUGGGAGUGGUGCGCAGACGGCCGGAAGAAAAGCCCCGGUUCCGCAGCAUCGUUCACGCCGUUCAGGCUGGGAUCUUUGUUGAACGAAUGUACAGAAGAACAUCCAACAUGGCAGGGUUGACCUAUCCACCAUCUGUAAUUACAGCUCUUAAGGAUGUUGAUAAAUGGUCAUUUGACGUCUUCACGCUUCAAGAGGCGAGUAAUGAACACGCUCUGAAGUUCCUGGUGUAUGAACUGCUCACCAGAUAUGACCUGAUCAGCCGCUUUAGGAUACCAGUGUCCUCCUUGGUGUUAUUUGUGGAAGCUCUGGAAAUAGGCUACAGCAAGCACAGAAACCCUUACCACAAUCUGAUCCACGCUGCCGAUGUCACGCAGACAGCACACUAUCUGAUGCUUCACACUGGCAUUAUGCACUGGCUCACUGAACUGGAAAUAUUGGCCAUGGUGUUUGCUGCUGCUAUCCACGACUUUGAACACACUGGAACCACCAACAACUUCCACAUCCAGACCAGAUCAGAAGUGGCCAUCCUGUACAACGAUCGCUCGGUUCUGGAAAACCACCACGUGAGCGCAGCCUACAGACUCAUGCAAGAAGAUGAGAUGAACAUCCUGGUCAACCUCCCGAAGGACGACUGGAGGGAGCUGCGGACGCUGGUGAUCGAGAUGGUCAUGAGCACAGAUAUGUCCUGCCAUUUCCAGCAGAUCAAGACGAUGAGGAACACGCUGCAGCAGCCGGAGGGAAUAGACAAGGCUAAAGUGCUGUCCCUGAUGCUGCACGCGGCUGAUAUCAGCCAUCCCGCUAAGGGCUGGAAACUGCACUACCGCUGGACACAAGCCCUCAUGGAGGAGUUCUUCAGACAGGGUGACAAGGAGGCAGAGCUAGGGCUGCCAUUCUCUCCACUGUGUGACCGGAAAGCCACCAUGAUUGCCCAGUCUCAGAUAGGGUUCAUCGAUUUCAUCGUCGAGCCCACGUUCUCUGUUCUUGUCGACACAACAGAGAAGAUCAUUAGUCCUCUCAUAGAGGAAGCUGUAAAAUCUGGGGGUGUCCGCAGGUCAAGUUUGACGGGCCGGGGCUCGGCCGCGGUGGUAGAGUCAGUACAGAGACACAGCGGUCGGGGUUCGAAUGAUGAGCAGGGAGGCACUACAGAUUACUCCCUGAGCAGCCUCGACCUGAAACGAGUCCGACACCUGCUCUGUGAGAUCAUCCAGAACAACAAGGAGCGCUGGAAAGAGCUGUCUGUUCAAGAGUUUGCCAACAAACAACACGAGAGAAUGUCAGACCUGGAAGAGGAGCCCAUGAGAAACACACAAGUCACACUGUCCCGCAGCAGUCCAGCCAGAGGGAGUCACGACUCGGAGUCAAAGUCCCUGAACGAACUGAACAAUACAGACUCCACUCACUCUUCCCAGGAAUCUCUGGAACAGAGUUCCCAGUCCCCAGCGGAGGGGCCGGGCGACGGGUCACCAGAGGACCACAGCUCAGAAACUCUGCCUUGGAACGGCAAAAGCGCCUGACAUCCCACGGACGCUGCCAAGCCUGAAUGUUUUUAAUCAGAAACAGGAUGAUGUACAUAGCAUUGUCCUCAUUGUAUUGUAAUGCUAUUAUACUCUCGGGCUCGGAGGGCUCAUUGUGCAGACGGAUGCGCAGAAUGUCCCCGCAGCGCAUCGUAGAGACGGUAGUGUGCAGUGUUGUCAUUGAGACUGUGUCAUUGCUGGAGACAGACCUCUAUGGUCCUCUUGAGGAAGAUUUAGCAAGUCCCUGAAAUGCAACGCUACCUAUUUGCUUCCUGGGCUUUAUUCCUGUUGGGUCAAUUCUCUUUUCUCUUUUUUUUUUUUUUUUGUUUUGUAGACUGUCAUUAUUUAUUAAAGAUUAUGCAGCUACACUUUACACCAUAAUUAGUUUCAGUAUUUUAUUCUCGAUACGGCUCUCAGCGGCACAUUAGGACAGAAAGGCUGGAAAAUUUUACUUCAUUCUGGCAUGAUAUAUCUCUGUAGACUUUUGAAUGUUAUUCCCUCCAAUUUCCAGAACAGUCCAUAAAGAGCUUUUUUUUAUUGUAGCAUGACACGUAUAGUAUGUGCAGCUGUAAAGUUUUAGUAGAACAUGGCGCCUAUUAAAUCAUGAGCCAAUUUUUUAACAGUAGAGGUGCAUGUCCUCGAGGGGGCGUUGUUUCAUUUUAACAAACCACACUCUCCAAAUGAACAAAACUGUGUCCCUUUAAAUCCAUACAGUAUUAAAGUACAUAGCAGUGUCUAAAUAAAUGUUACAUACAUUGGCUGUGUUCGGAUGGAAUACUAGCUAACUACUCACCGAAUACUGUGCAGUAUAUACUGUUUCAAUUGUGAAACAGAAUAAUUAUGAAACAGUUUAAUGGAAUAUGCUCUUUUAAGUGUUUAAAAGUUUUAGUCUGAUGUUAGAAGUCGCUAAUAUUGUAUUCGUUUUCAUGAAACACUGGAGAUGAAGGUGUCAAAUCAAGCAAUUUGGCAAAUGUGGUAAAUCAUUUGGGUAUUUCAUGUAAACUGUGCCCUGUAUACAUAAUGUAUACUGAGAAACAGUAAUAGUAUGCUUUUCUGAACGCAGCCAUUGUGCAUUACACUGUUCUUCAGAAUUUCAGAACAUUCAUGAGGUACUAAACAUGUGCUACCAAAUCACUGUAUCAUGUUUUAUAACUUUUAUGUGAAAAUACUGAUCAAGUUUAAUUUAUUUAAUUUUUUUUUCUUUCUUUUUUUGCAUUAUGUAUGACAUAAACCGCCCAAAACAAGAUUUUUGUCAUUGUAUCUCUUUUAAAGUCUGAUGUAACACUGCUGCCUUCACACUCACACGCAUUAUGAAAAGCACAUACGAGCUCAGGGUCUGUUUAAUUGUAGAAAGUAAGUUUAUUUAAAGUUUAUUAAACAGAAAAGCUUAAAAAAAAGAAUACUGCAUUUCAUUUAUCAGUCAGGGAUGACAGAAACACCUGUAGAAUAUAUCUGUUGAAAUCAACUCCUCAAUGCCUUUCAGAUGAAAUGGGUCUAAAGAGUUGUUUUAUAAUGAUGCAUUUCAUAAAAAAAAGUCUUGUCUCAAGAACCAUAUAAUUUUUUUGCACUGAUGUCAUUUUCAUUUUAAUUGAGCACAAACACAAAACAGAAGGCUUAGAAACAUGACAUAGAAAUGUAUAGAUGUAUUGUGCAGUUUCACUUUUUCUUGCAUUAAUAUGAAUAUUAAAGGGGAUUUUCAUUAUAAUGAAAAUGAAAUCAUGCACCACCAACAA